AUGAACAUCACGAUACACUUUAAGGAUUUCAAGAAAGAGAGGCUGCCUUUGCAGCUCUCGCCGUCGGCCACAAUCGCAGAGGCCAAGCAGAUGCUUGCAAGAGCCAAGCAAUGUGACGAGUCGCAAUUGAAGAUGAUUUUCAGUGGGAAGGUGCUCCAGGAUGGCAACACGCUCGAGGGGUGCAAGCUCAAGGACGGGGACCAGGUGAUCUUCAUGAUCUCGAAGAAGAAGGCCGAAACGCGGGUGAGCGAGCCGGAGCCGGCGAGCGAGCCGAGCGGGGGGCCGCAGAGCGAGGCGUCGACGGGGCUCGAGACGGUGACGACGCCGGGAGUGUCUGCGGCGGUGGAUCCGGAAAGCACGGGCGCGGCGGUGGGGUCAGGCGCGAGCUUUGUGACGGGGUCUGCGCGCAGCCAGACGGUUGAGCGCAUCAUGGAGAUGGGGUACGACCGCGCGCAGGUGGAGAUGGCGUUGCGGGCGGCCUUCAAUAACCCGGACCGCGCGGUGGAGUACUUGUUGACGGGCAUCCCGGAACACCUCCAGAACAGCUCUGCGUUCUCCGCGCGGCAGAGCGCCUCGGUGGCGGCUUCCGGCGUGCCGGAGACGGGGGCGACAGCCCAGACGGGCACGGAGACCGAGACGGGCACGGGCACGGGCACGGCGUCCGAGGUGAACGACGAGCACGUGCACGAGGACGACUUGUUCGCGCAGGCGGCAGCCGUGGGGUCCGAGAACCCGACUACGGGCGCGGAUGCGACGACAACGGGGACUGUUAGCCAGGACAGCAGCCCGCUCCAGACGAUCGGGUUGACUUUUGAGGAUCUAGUACAACUACGUGGCGUCAUUAAUGGCGACCCUGAGGCCUUGCCGCCGUUGCUAGAGUCGCUAAGCGAGAGGUAUCCGGAGCUCCGGGAGCAGAUAAUGAGUAACCCUGAAAUGUUCAUCUCCAUGCUACUACAGGCCGUUGGCGGCGCUCUUCCAUCCGAAGCGCUCGACGAUGCCAGUGCCUACCAGGCCGACAGUGAGGCGAUCGCGGAGGGCGAUGGCUCGACCGCGAGCGCGAACCAAGACACAGCUGCAGAUGCGCAGAAUGAGUUGUUAAGUUUAUCUGAAGAAGACCUGACUACGAUAGAACGUCUCUGCGAGUUGGGUUUCGAGAGGGAUUUGGUCAUCCAGAUCUACGUCGCCUGCGACAAGAAUGAGGAAGUCACCGCCAACAUGUUGUUCACAAACUACACGGAUUGA